AUGGAGGCUUUGGCAUUGGCUAUGAGGAUCUUAUCGGAAUCUGUACAAAAUCUCCAAAACUGUUAUUCUGAGUUGAAGGAGGACGUACAUAAAAUUGAAGCUAGUAUUAACUAUCUAUUAGAGCAUGUUAAAGGGCGAGAUGAGGAUCGAUGGAGGUUUCAAGGGAAAAUUCUCCAAUUUUAUUUUGGAAGUUGCGAUGACAUUGCAGCAGGUAGCAACUUAGAAAAAGGCCAUGCAGAUGAAAUUGGGGUGAAAGAAAACGAGGUUGGUCAUGGCGGAGAUGUUGGAAAAAGUAAGGAUGCAAUAGUUGAGCAGGAUGAAGUUGCAAAGGAAAAAAUUAGUUUGGCUGAUUUGAAUGUUACCACUGGUUCUCGUAGGAGUGGAGGUUUUAAAAGUAGUGUUGAAAGUUCAACAAGUGGUGGUAGCAGGACAGUGAGCGGUUCAGCAGGAGGUGGAAAACUUGCUUUGAUGAGAAAUUGUUUCAAAGGACAACUGAGUUUGGGAAAACUUUCAUGGACCGAGGGAAAUCAAGGUUGUUAUAGAGUAGUAUAUGUUGGAGAACUAAUUUUGGCACUUUAUUCUUUUUUCCAUGGGCCAGUAGAUGGCAUGAUUAAGCAGACUGAGAAUUCUUCUUGUCAAAUGAAGCGUGAUUGUGCGUCAAGUGCAGAUCGUGUUAGGAGUGUGGGAGGAGAGAAGAGGAAAUUGGAGUCACUCUCAGACAAUGGUGGUGGCAAUAUUGGGAGAGGUGCUUUUCAGGUACAGAAGUUGGGUCCUUUUAUAGUGUCUACCCCUCUCCUUGACGGUGAUUAUGGGCCACUUCUGGACUAUAUAUUUGAUGAGAAUUUGGAUGGAGGGUAUGUGUUAAGUUAUUUGUCGAAGGUUUUUGUAGUUUGUAUAUUUGGUAAAGUGGGAGAGAAGUUGAUUUUGCUUCAUUGGUGUUGA